GUAGGUAUGUGUUUUGGACGCUGGUCUGAGAUUGUUCGCGAAGAAACGGAGAAGCAAAGCGGGAACGACGAAGGGAAAGGGAUUGAUAAGGAAAGCGGCUGACCGGUGACGACCGACACGGCGCCGUUUUGAGGGUUCUUGGGUUUCUGCAAUCCUUGCUUUCCGAUUCGUUUCGCGACAGCUCUGAACUCGAACACAGACACCCACGUACGACGAAACCAUGGCGACUGAGAUGGAAGAAUUGGUGGGGUUCUUGUCUUCUCCUUCUCCUCCUGUGAAGAAGGCGGCGGUGGACAUUGUCAGUGGAUUAACUGGAAGUGAGGAUGGGUUGCAGUCUCUAGCCUCGUUUGCAAAGAUUUUACUACCGUCAUUGGUUCGACUUUUGAGUGAAAAUAAGGAGGUGUCUCAACCAGCGGCAGAAGCUCUUGUAAAUCUUUCACAGAAUUCUAACAUGGCAUCCAAGAUGGUCACAAUAGGAAUGGUCAAAACAGCCAUGGAUUUGUUGUACAAACCAGAUACAUCAAUUACUAAAUUGCUUGUUAUGCUUCUGGUCAAUCUUACACAGUCGGAUGCUGGUAUUGCGUCAUUGCUCCAGACAGGAGAUGAGAACGUCCAAGGAUUAUAUGUGAUGAGGCUUGUGAGGUCAUUUUGUAGAUCCUCCAAUGAAUCAGGCGAUGAUUCAUUCGAGCAUGUGGGUUCAAUCCUGGUAAACAUUUCAAAGAAUGAAGCAGGGAGGAAGAUUUUACUGGACCCCAAACGAGGUCUUCUUAAGCAGAUCAUCCAUCAAUUUGAUUCAAGUAGUCCAUUGCGGAAAAAGGGGGUAUCUGGAACUAUUCGCAACUGCUGUUUUGAAGCUGAGAAUCAACUUCAGAAUUUGCUUUUAGUAUCUGAGUUUCUUUGGCCUGCUCUUCUUCUGCCUGUCGCUGGCCACAAGAUCUACACUGAGCAAGAUACCGCGAAGAUGCCUCCUGAGCUUGGGACUGCAUUGUCGAUUGACCGGGAACCAGUUGAUGAUCCUGAAAUUCGGAUCCAAACACUUGAGGCAAUCUAUUUAAUCGUGUUACAGGAAGCGGGGAGGAGAGCCUUGUGGUCCGUCAAUGGGCCAAGGAUACUUCAAAUAGGUUAUGAAGAUGAGGAAGAUCCUAAAGUAAUGGAAGCUUACGAGCGGAUUGGCUCUUUGCUUGUUCAAGGUGGUGGAACGGAGGAAUCAACCACUGAAGCAACCAAGUAGCUGGGUGUAUCUUGCACGCUUCGGUCAAGAAGUCCUCGUAAUUUUGUUUUUCCUCAAGGGACUUGAUAGUGAUUGUGAAGGUCAUUCUUUAGGUGUUUUUUAUGCUCUCUACAUAUCAUGUAGCUUGAUAUAAGUUGUGAAAUAUGUCGCAAUGAUGUUUAACUUGCUCAGACAGGCACCCUUCUAUUUUCUCGGGUGACCAACGGACGGUACUAAUGAAUUUAGAGUAUAUUGCUUCUAUAUA